AUGUGCCCGCUUGUCUUCGCCCUCCUGCCUGACAGACAGACCACAACUUACACCAGACUGUUCAGCCGACUCAAAACAGAAGUCCAACAGAGAUUCAACCGUCCCCUCGCUCCUGCCACUGUCCAGACGGAUUUUGAGAAGGCUGCCAUUCGUGCCGUCAACACAGAGUUCCCGAAUGCCGACGUCAAAGGUUGUUUUUUUCAUUAUUGUCAGGCGAUCUGGCGGAAGACACAGGAUCUUGGAUUAGCAGUACAGUACAAGGAAGAUCCUGGAUCAGAAGAGCUGCUGGACUUGCCCUCCUGCCCUUGCGUGAUGUCCAGGACACCUGGUUGGAUGCUAAGCAGGCAACUCCACCAGUUCCGAGAAUUGAAGACUGCAAUGACUAUAUGGUCAUCAACUAUAUGGUCAUCAAUUGACGAUGAUGAUCGGUUUCCAAUACCUCUCUUGAAUCACCACCAGACAGCCGGCCCUCGCACCAACAACAAUCUUGAGGGAUUUCACCAUGGCUUUAACAGAACCUUACCCCACCGCCACCCGAAUAUCUACCGAUUUGUAGAAGUGAUUAAGAAGAUUGAGUGUGCAGACAGGACAAAAACAGUUAGACUUUGGUGCCGCCCCACCCAGCAGGAAGCGAGUUUACAGAGAGACUGA